GAGCGGUGGCGGCGGCAACAUGGCGGACGUGCUAAGUGUCGGAGUGAACCUGGAGGCCUUUGCUCAGGCCAUCAGUGCCAUCCAGGCGUUGCGUUCCAGCGUGAGCAGGGUGUUCGACUGCCUGAAGGAUGGCAUGCGGAACAAGGAGACGCUGGAGGGCCGGGAGAAGGCCUUCAUUGCGCACUUCCAGGACAACUUGCAUUCGGUCAACCGGGACCUCAAUGAGCUGGAACGUCUGAGCAACUUGGUGGGCAAGCCAUCUGAGAACCAUCCUCUCCAUAACAGCGGGCUGUUAAGUCUGGACCCCGUGCAGGACAAAACCCCUCUGUAUAGCCAACUCCUUCAAGCAUAUAAAUGGUCAAACAAGCUGCAGUACCACGCAGGUCUGGCGUCCGGCCUUUUGAAUCAACAGUCAUUGAAACGUUCUGCUAACCAGAUGGGAGUAUCUGCAAAGCGCAGACCAAAGGCUCAGCCCACGACUCUUGUGCUGCCGCCUCAGUAUGUUGAUGAUGUGAUCAGCCGCAUCGACAGGAUGUUUCCUGAAAUGUCCAUCCACUUAUCCAGGCCCAAUGGAACGUCAGCAAUGCUUCUGGUGACCUUGGGAAAGGUGUUGAAAGUGAUUGUCGUCAUGCGGAGCCUCUUCAUUGAUCGAACAAUAGUAAAGGGAUAUAACGAAAAUGUCUACACGGAAGAUGGCAAGAGCGUAAUGAGCGCUCGACGUGAGAUGCCCGCCCGGACGCGCCCUGCCCACUCCCUGCACCAGGCCUCUGUCUGCCCCGCUCUCCUCAGCUCUCCCUCUCCCUCACGAAUCCCGGUAAAAAUUCUAAAGUUUGUUACACUGCUAGCUCUCCCCGUCCAACAGCCACAUUGGAACGAGGAUAGAAUGUUCUUCAGAAAGAGGCAACGAAGGUACUCAGCACAUACCGGUGUGUUACACAAGAGAUGUGACCUCUCAAGUGAUGCGAUUUGUGUCUUAAACAAGUGACCCAGCGUUUCCACUCCGCACACCGGUGUUACCAGGGAGGGGAGCCACUCUUACUGCAAGGCCUCUGCCAAGUUCUCAAACAUCUCGCAUUCCUGGAGGGGAGAUUUCUUGUUUCUGUUUUCUGACUCCGUAGAGCAGGUACAGAGAAUGACGUGCGUCAUCGGGGCCCGCGUGGUCCGUGUGUGUAUGAUCUGGGAUCGUGUGUACGGUUUGUGAGCUCUGGCGACCGUGCUGCCGAGCAGUCCAAACCAGUCAGCUCCGCAGAAGCAGCCCCGGGGUAGCGCGCGCCCUUGUCCGGGAGCCCCCGCGUCGCAGGCCCAGGUUGUUGAGAGAUGUGGUUCUUCUUGCCUUUGUUCAAGGUCCGUGACUCCACCAUCACAGCUGGUGUGAAACAAGGCCCUUGCCGUCCAGCACCUCACAGGGGCCCUGGGAGAGAAGGCCAGAAACAGAAAGCGAAGCUGUGGUAGCGACCGCGGGAUCAGAGGUCCAAACUCAGGAGAUGAAGGAAGCCUUGUCUCAUGUAGAUUCUGAGGAGUGAGGUUUUACCUGCUUUGCAUGAUCCCUUUCACACGGUGUUUGUUCAGUCGCCCCAUUCCGGAAGUGUCCUGAACAAGACCCAUAAUGCACUUAGGGCCUAGCCACGUCGUCGGGACUCAAUGAGUAAUUGUCAUUCUUACCCUGCACCUAAAACAAGGGGCUUAGAAAAUGGUUGCGAUUGUGUGUCGCUAGGACUUCUCUCUGGUUCCGCCUCCUCAGGAGCUUCCAGCCAACCCCCACACUGUGGUUCCGCGUGCCCCCCCCGAGGAUCGCUCCCACCUUGUGUCUAGGAGGGACCCCUCCUCCCCGGGCGCACCUCACAUUCAGCCUUCCUCCUGAAACUCGGUUUCCCGCCGCUCUUCGUCAUCGGGGUUCAUUGCGCCACCACCUAGCCGCUCCAGCUGUCCUCGCCUGCCCCAGAUCUAACGGAUUCUGGCGAUUCUCCCACUUAGAGCUCUCCUAGGUUGGGCCCCUCCUGUCCGCCCCCCUCCUUCCAGGUCCUCCUUGUUUCUCAGCGGAGAGAGGGUACUGGCCACCUCGCGCCUCGUAUCUAGUCUUGUGUCCCUCCCACGACCUGUCCUGCACUUGGCUUCCAGAGCAGUCUUCCCAGAGUAUGCAGCCA